AUGUCCAAAUCUGUUUGCAUUGUCGGUGCUGGGCCUUCCGGCCUUGUCGCUGCCAAGACGCUUCUUCACAACGCUCCCAAGGGACACUUCAAGGUCAGCGUCUUUGACAGCCAGGCUGCCAUCGGUGGUCUGUGGCCGACCUCAAAGACUGAUUCGGGCCGCCUAGUCCAUCCGUUGAUGGUUGCAAACCAGAGCAGACACACGGUGCAGUUCAGCGACCUGGCAUGGGAGGACAGUGCACCUCAAUUUCCUCGCGCGUGGCAGAUUGGCAAGUAUCUCGAGCAGUACCAAGGCCGAUAUCUCGACGGCCAUGCCGACUUUGAACUUCAACUGAAGAGUCGUGUUGCAAAGGCUGAAAAGCGAAACGAUGGAUCGGCGGGCUGGAAGGUACGCAUUCAGUCGGAAGGCGGCGAGGAAUCAAGAGAUUUUGACUAUCUUGUCGUGGCCACAGGAUACUUUGGCAAGCCCAUCAUUCCUGACUGCUUCAAAAACGCCAAUACUUCGGUUCCCAUCAUCCACAGCAGCCAGUACCGGGAUUUGAAGGGACUUUUGGGAGAGGGCAGGCAAAAGGGGGGCAAGAUUCUCAUUGUCGGAGGCCAAAUGUCUGGCGUCGAGAUCGCGGGUACUGUUGCAAGCCAUCUCUCAGCCGCUGUAAACUCCCCAGAAGAGUCAGAAAUUGCUGGCGUUGAUAAAUACUCUAUUUAUCAUGCGAUUCAGCGACCCAUAUGGGUGUUUCCCCUAUUUACUUCUCCAGAGCCGGCAUUUUCAUCAGCUCCUUUCGCGCCCUUGGACCUAGGCUCCUAUAACAUCAACAACCGUCCUCGACCAUUGGAAAAUACGCAGGGCCACAUCAGUGAAGAGCAUGCGAAUAUGGUGCAUACCAUCUUUGAGACCUCACUCGGUGAUCAGGAGCAGUUCUCUUCCCUGCUGAUGCCUAGUGAAGAAGAAAGAGAUCAGCCAGCAUACCUAGCUGUCAGCGAUUGGUACACUGAAUUCGUUAGAUCUGGUAUGAUCACUUUGUCUUUCGGCAAGGUCAUCUCUCUGGAGAAUGAUCUUGUGACUUUGGAUGAUAACGGUGCCCAGAUCGACGAUAUUGCUGCUGUAAUCCUCGCCACUGGCUUUGACCCGUCGCCCUGUGUCGAUUUCCUGCCGCAGGAUAUCCUCGACACGCUUCAACACUCUCCACAACAUUAUAAUCAAGCUCUCGCCCUGGCAUUCCACGGCACCCAUCAUCCAGAUGUUCCAAAUCUCGGAUUUGUGGGAUUUUAUAGGUCCCCGUACUGGGGAGUCAUGCAAAUGCACGCCCGGUUCAUUGCAGAGCUAUGGUCGAAUCAGGCGGACAACCUACCAGAUGCUCUCCAGCGGAAGCUUCAAGCCGAUGACUCAAUCAGGCGAACUUUGCAUUUGCGGGAUGACCCCAGACUCUCACAGUUCCCCAUGGGAGACUAUAUGUAUUUGAUGCAAGAAUUUUCUGAAGCUUUGUCAAUACCCAUACACGAGUCAAUCAUGCCAGAGGUUCCUACACUUUCUCGAAACAAUCUUCCGCUCGAUACACUUACACCUGCAAGAUAUCCUUCUCCAAGCGAUGAUGCUGCAGCCAAAGAUGAAGCCGAGAAAUCCCUGAAACAGACUCGUGAUCUUGCUAUCGAAUGCCUCACCACUCCACGUUUUGUUGCGCGUGGCGUCUUUAGAAGCCUGCUUGGAGAAUGGCGCCUUGAACGGGAUCUUACUAGCCGUCUGCCUUCUCAUCCAAGCGGCACCUUUGUUGGCACAGCGCAAUUUUUGCUCCGCGAGCGAACUCCCGAGGGCCUCCAGUGUGCCGCAGAUCCAAAUAGCAUUGCUAGCUAUGAUGAAGAUGGUGGUGAGGACUUGGAGUACCUUUACGUCGAAGACGGAGAAUUUAAAACAACCUCUGGUUUCGGAUUCAGAGCCACCCGACGCUACAUCUGGCGCUACGACUCCAAGAAAGACGUCAUUAGCGUAUGGUUUGCUAAGCCCGAUGACCAGAAGCGAGCAGACUACCUCUUCCAUGAAAUCGAAUUCGAAUCUCCGCCGUCUGAGGAUAAUAAGAGACGCGAGAAAGAGGGAUGGAAGGCGAAGGCUGGACAUCUUUGCAUCGAUGACUACUAUAAUGUCAAGUACGACUUUGCGUUUAACAAGAUAAAUUUGGCCAAGUGGAGUAUAGAGUAUACUGUCAACGGACCAAAGAAGGAUUAUACAAUUCAUGGUACAUAUGAACGGAUAUGA